AUGGAGCCCGCAAAGGAUCAACACCUCGUCAAUGAACUCUAUUCUGUCUCGAACCAAGCUGCUGGGAUGAAGCGCCAUGAACCUGCAACAAGCGGCCGACAGUACAGUCAAACCACCUACCCGAGAGAAGGGGAGCUCCUGGCAAACGUAGCACCCCACGAAGAGUCAAGAGUCAAGACUCAAGACCCAAGACCCAAGAAGCUCAAGAGUUGGGAGAAAGAGCACGGAGCACAGAGCGCCGAAGCUCGGUCGAAACUGAAGGCCGGGGCCGUUGACCCGUCGGUACCGUCAAGAUGGCCGACCGUCUGA